GACGCGACUUCGGCGCGCUGCAGCUCCGCGUCCGCGUUUCUCUCUCCGGUGCUUCUCGCUUCCAGAAACAAACGGCUUGUUAUCUUCUCCUUGUAAGACUUGCUGUUUAUUUCCCCUGUUCUCUUCUGUUGGUUCCUCUCAUGUCGCCGUUAAGGCGCUGGAUACGGGGCGAUUUGUGAUCGACCAAGCGGCAGCUCGAUGAAUAUGGCGUGUACAGGGGACGCAGACCCUUUCACCGCUGCGAUACCUGCCACCAAAGUUGAACUCACGGUUUCUUGUAGAAACCUGCUGGACAGAGACACGUUCUCCAAGUCUGAUCCAAUUUGUGUGCUGUACACUCAAGGAAUAGCCAACAGGGAAUGGAGAGAGUUUGGCAGAACAGAAGUCAUAGACAACACCCUCAACCCUGACUUUGUCCGCAAAUUCAUCCUGGACUACUUCUUUGAGGAGAGGCAGAAUCUACGCUUUGACCUGUAUGAUUUAGACUGCAAGAGUGACAACCUCUCUAAACACGACUUCCUUGGCCAGGCGUUCUGUACGCUAGGUGAGAUAGUCGGCUCCCUGGGAAGCCGCUUGGAAAAACCUUUGAUUGGGAUCCCAGGGAAGAAAUGUGGCACCAUCAUAGUGCGAGCAGAAGAACUGAGCAACUGCAGGGAGUUGGUGAUGCUGCAGUUUUGUGGUAACAAGCUGGAUAAGAAGGACUUCUUUGGAAAAUCUGAUCCUUUCCUCGUCUUUUACCGCAGCAAUGAAGACGGAUCGUAUACCAUCUGCCACAAAACAGAAGUGGUGAAGAAUACUCUGGAUCCGGUGUGGCAGGCUUUUAAAAUUCCUGUCAGGGCGCUCUGUAACGGAGACUACGACAGGAGCAUUAAGGUGGAGGUGUAUGACUGGGACAGAGAUGGAGGCCACGAUUUUAUCGGCGAAUUCAGCACCAGCUACAGAGAAAUGUCCAGAAGCCAGUCACAGUUCCACAUCUAUGAGGUACUAAAUCCAAAGAAAAAAGGAAAGAAGAAGAAAAAGUAUCAAAACUCAGGAACGGUCACCCUCCUGUCCUGCCUGGUGGACACUGAGCUCUCCUUCCUGGACUACAUCCGAGGCGGGACUCAGAUUAAUUUCACAGUGGCAAUUGAUUUCACAGCAUCAAAUGGCAACCCUUCCCAGCCCACCUCGCUCCAUUACAUGAGCCCAUACCAGCUGAAUGACUACGCCAUGGCACUGCGGGCUGUUGGAGAGAUCAUCCAGGACUACGACAGCGACAAGAUGUUUCCUGCACUGGGCUUUGGUGCCAAGCUUCCCCCAGAUGGACGGGUCUCGCACGAGUUUGCCCUGAAUGGUAAUCCACAGAACCCAUACUGCAAUGGUAUCGAGGGAGUGAUGGAGGCCUAUUACCAGAGUCUCAAAUCUGUGCGUCUCUACGGACCCACCCACUUCUCCCCUGUUAUUAACCAUGUGGCCAGGUAUGCAUCAGCAGUGACAGACGGCUCACAGUACUUCAUCCUGCUCAUCAUCUCUGACGGCGUCAUCACGGACAUGGCACAGACCAAGGAGUCCAUAGUCAAUGCCGCGUCUCUGCCCAUGUCAAUUAUAAUAGUUGGGGUUGGACCAGCAGAAUUUGACGAAAUGAUCGAGCUGGACGGGGAUGAGGAGAGGAUCUCAUCUCAAGGACGAUAUGCUGAGAGGGACAUUGUUCAGUUCGUUCCUUUCAGAGACUACAUUGACCGGCGGGGAAACCACAUCCUCAGCAUGGCUCGCCUGGCUAAGGAAGUGCUUGCCGAAAUCCCAGACCAGUUCCUGUCCUACAUGAGGACCAGAGGGAUCAAACCAGGUCCCUUGCCACCUCCUUACACCCCCUGUCCACCACCAGCUAUCCACCCCCUCCUCGCCAGACGGGUAAGCCGAAUCUAAAAGCCAAGGCCUCGCUCCAAUGCGGCAAGCCGACUCUACUGGUCUCUACUCUCCUCUCUCUGCUUCUUCUUCGUCCUACUCUUCACUGGAAGCUUUUGAGCACACAGCGAACCUCGCCCGCUCUCUAAAGUUGCACUUUUGGGAACGUUUGGCCAUCAGUCGUGAGCAUGAUGCAGAAAACCCCAAGUGGGCUUACACUUUUUAGAAAAGGGGGCUUUUCCCUUACUGGACAAAGGUGGGGGUUUUGAAUGGUUGUUGUGGGAGUCUGAGAUCACCUACCUGCACCAGGAGGAGUGAACAGGACAGAAACUGACCAUUCACAGCUGUCAGACUGAAAGUGUCAAAACGGGGGAGGCCCUUAUUUGAAACACUUCAUGUGUUUGCUAUUUCUAAAUCCUCUAUAUUUCACAAAAUCUCUCCAUAUAUAAAUGUUUACAAAAAUUGAGGACUGGAGUGGAGAUUUUUUUUCAGGAGGAAAUUUAUACCAAUCAAUGUGAAAACCUUUCAGAUUGCUAUUUUUCGGCUGCAGAAACUGGAGGUUGUGACUUUGUACAAAAACAUUUAGGCCCUGGUGCCACAUUCUUCAUUACAGUGUGUAUGUUUUUUUAAAUAAAUGGAGCAUGUGCUAGUUUAAGAGAAGCAUGCACUGUUGUCUUGCACUCAGGGCUUUGUCCCUCCCACACAAACCCCCUACCACCACCACACCACCACUGCCAUGUUCCAUUAAGAGCAAACCCAUCACUUACAUGAAAUCUUCCCAUGCUCCUACCUUCUGCUCCGUCCACCUGCCUUGACUCAAAAGGAAGCUGUGCUCCCUUGGAGUCCGGUCAAAUGAAAUGCAGCAGGGACUUGAACCAGCCUUACUCUUUUGUCAGAUAACAUUCACAGGCACCGUGUCCUCUGUGGGUUCUGGAAAUGUGGAUCUCCAAGCCCAGAAGUCAAAAACACACAUCUCACUACCGAAUCUGACUGUGUGUUACGUUUUAGAGUCUCUUUAUUUUCAUUGAAUAACAUUGUAGGUUUUUUUGGUUUGUUUUACGUCUCUCUACCUCUCACGUUGUUUUGUAUUGCCAAAAAAUGUUGUUGAAAUAACAAAGUGUUGGUGUGUCCGUGAUUUUUGGUAAGUCUGCAGAGUUCACAGUUUUACCUUUCUCAGUAAGUAUUCAUAAAAUAUUUGCCAGACUGUAGGUUGAGAAUUAUAGCACUUUGGUAGCUGUCAGAUCAGGCGACUCACACGCUUGGGUUAGCAACACACUGUGAAAAUGUGCACAGAAAACAGUUAACCAACAGAUCAAAGUGCAAAGAUGCUUUUCUUUUAGCAGCUACCCAUAUGGAUCAAAGUAGUGACUGUGAGCAGGUUUUAGUUGUCCAACAGCAUUGUAAUAGUAAAAGCAGAAGCCAUUAAUAAUCAGUAACCCCUAGGUGUAGUAGCAUCAAGCUAUUCAUUCAUUCAGUCAUUAAGAUUUAAAGGCAUAGUGACCAGAAAAACAAAUGUUUUCAGUAUCAAACGCUCACGAAGGCUUUAAAAAGGUAGGUCUGAAAACUUUGGGGGUGACAGCAGCUGUUUACAAUGGAUUCCAGUUGCAAUUUUCCUUUCCUACAUUGGCUUGCUUGCUUAUUGACAGCUUUUUCUCCGAAAAACAACCGAUCCCAUCAGGGUUUUGUUGGUGGGAUUAAGAAUGGGGAUGUAACUGUCCUGUGGCAAAGCCUAAAAAAUGACCGCAGAAAAUUUCCACCAAAUUGGCGACAUACAUGGAUGAUAUCAUCACAGCUGUACAGGUUGUUUUCGACUUUCGGCGUAUUUCUUUGACAAACAGCCUCUUACUAAAGAGCAAAGGGGUCCCACAAGAUUUUAAACAUAAGAGAUAUCGGGGGGGGUUCUGUCAUCCAGGCACCAACAUAUGGCUUAGCUUGCUAGCAUGGUUAGCCGUUUAAAUCUGUUGAUCCAACUGCACUGCUUAUAUUGUUUGGUUGCAAAAAAUUUUUUGUGGAUGUUUUUUAAUUUUUUUUUCUUGAAAUUGUGUCACAAUUGGAUUUGAUUUGAACUGUUCAAGAUAACCAUAACGGCUGUCCUCUGCAAAAGGCUACAUCCUUUUCUUUGCUUACAGGUGGUGAGUGUUUGAUAUUCAAAACUUUGAUUUUUGGAGCAGUAUUCCUUUAAAAUGGGGGAAAUACUCAUACCUAAAACAGGUAAUUGCACUGUCACUUUCAGACAAGUUUUGGGUUAAAACUUCCCAAACCCUGCUGUUUUGCCCAGUAAUGUGUACAUCAAAACUUUACAGUGUGACUCUAAGCAAAGCACAAACUCAGACAAGCUACAGCUACUGUAUCCAGAAGCCCUUGUAACUCAUGUAAAUGUGUUAUAUACAUUUUACUCUGUAUGCGUGUACUACAAACUGUAGAUCCUACUUUUUAGGGCCCUAUUCAGUCAAGGAAUCAGUGUAAGAGCAGGUUUACAUUUUUUUUUAACUUACAGCUCAAAAUUAUAUAUACUUCUUGGCUGAUGAACAUCUACUUAUAAACUGCAUGUAAAAUGUUUUCUUUAUUUUCUAAUUUACAUUUAUACUCUGUACAAAUUUUUGGUAAAUUAUUGGUCAAUAUACUUUUUGUGUAAUGCUGCUUCUUUACUGCUGAUAUAAGUAUUAGUUUUUAUACUGAGGCCUGUAAUCAUAUUUAAAUCAUGACUAACAGGCCUUAUUCAUGUUUAUACGUAAGUUAUUCAUAUUUAAAUCAUGAACGACAGGCCUGUAUUUUUUUUUACAAGAGAAUGGUUCAUAAUAAUGGAUAUUUCGUGUGUGCAACAUGUUUAAAAGUAAAUGGUGAUCAAGUACACUCUGUAGCAACAUUUUUCUGCCAAAUUCGACAUAUUAUUAAUUGUAGCGUCUCAUUCUUGGAUGAGACUCAUUCCAAAAAAGCUGGUUAUUCAGUUUGACUGAAUAGGGUCCAUCAGUGUGGGGACAGGUGUUUUGAUGGAUUUUAUACUCUUCUGUAUUGUUUAAUUGCGGGGACCCCGUACGACAGCGGGGAUGUCGAAUUGCACAAUGUAGCACUGGUCUCAAGUCUAGUAUUGGACUGGAGCAACACCAGACUGAACCACAUCAGACCAGAUCAGGCAGGAAUAGUCUUUUUAUAUGUAUAUAUUUUCUGUAUAUGCUGUAUGUAUGUUUUCUGGAGAGCUGCCUUGCAGCGAACUGCUGGGACUCUCUGAGUCUCCUCCUGAAAGACAAGGCAGGGCCUUUCAUUUAUUUAUCACGACAAGAUGUCAACUUCAUCUCACACCCACAUUCUCAUAUACGGUACAUCAAGUACAUGUUUGUAAAUGACACUUACAUAACAAGGCAAAGGUUGAGUGAAGAUUAAUUGUUCUUGCUUGUUUUCUAAGAGAAACAGUGGUUUCAGAGACUUAUAUCAGUAUCAACACCUUUAAAAGCUUUUCUCUCCUGUGACCACAAUUUUAAGUUCAGUAUCUCAAACUGGGAAUUUUUGAAUGGUAUAUAAAGUAUUUUACUUCAAGAACCUCGAGGCAACUCCAAAUUGAUUAUAUAGAAACUAAAAAGCACUUUAUAAUACAAAAUGUUUGGAACAUUUAAAUCUGCAUCUGGAUUGAGAUGAUCAUCAAAAUACACAUAGUUGUUUUGCACUAAGUGCACAAAAAAAGUGGAAAAUAAAAAUUUGAUUUCUGGACUCAAAAACAUAUAAUUAUAAAAAUACCUUGAGCCAUGGCUGAAAAGUUCACCAAUCAAACAAAUGGGACCAAAUCAUUCUUAGCUUAGAAAUAAUGAUUAUUAACAGUACUGGAACAAAUUGACUGUUCACUAAUCUUCACACCACAACAAUACUGUUGUUACGCCUGUCAAGCUUUCCAUUUUCUCACAGUUUCUAAUUUCUACAUGACAACCAUCGAUUUGUCCAGUUUAAAUGACAAUAUCAGCUGUCGUUGCUAAUUUGUUAUAGCUGUAGCUAAAGCUAACAGGAUACUAACAUCACCCUCAUGAUCCAUAUUGCCGACAUGGAAAUAAAGCAACAGCACUGGUCUCACUACAUUGCAGUGUAGAGCUAGUUAAUGUAAAUGCUAUAGGUAAGAUAAAGAAAAUUGUAGGAUCAGACUGUUUUGUGCUAACAUAAUCGUGUUUAGCUUACAUAGGCCUACUAAUUUGUACUUUUAACAUGACAAGAGUAACAUUAGAAAUUAAUCCUCAUCCAGUCACUAUCUAGUUAACGUUGAUUGGUGAGUAUAAAUUUGUCAGCUGGACUUGCUAAUGAUUGCAGCUUAGAUAAACACACCAUAACUACGCCUUUCUUACACUGGUUUUGAUUUUGGAAAGGCUGAGGAAAAAAAGAUACCCAUACUCCAUACACUGUAUAGGCCAAGUAUCGCUCUCACUGCAGCCACUUGCACACAGGUUAAACGUGGAGGAAUCCAAAGCUUGACAGUCCUGAAGUACCUAUCUAUGGUUGCUAAGCAAUGAUUGGACAGUUGCUGUUUGGGAGAGGGGUUUAACAGCUAAAGGCUUAUAUCAUACAACUACAUGACUACCAUAUUAUGCUAUAAUGUACAGUGAUAUGACAGCGUGUAGUUAUUUUAUUUGGCAUGCAUGGAUUAACCCCCAGGAAGAGGAAAUGAAUGCUGUUCAGUGCAGUUAGAAAUAUGCCGAUGGCUUUGUAACGCGCAGCUGCAAUGUGUGAAAUCACUGUUCCUCUGAGGGUGUGUAAGUGUAGGAGUGACAAUCAAAAGCAUUUAUUGUAUAGGAGACUGCAAGGGGAAAAGCCUUGCUGUAUUGGUGGACAUAUAAGCUUUAAUGAAGUAGGCUUACACCUCGCUGCCUCCCACCGCUCAUCGUUGCAUACAUGUCACUCUGCCACGGCGGUACCAUAUCAGCAUGCCAGGCCCUAUGAAUACCCACUUAAUCUUCACACAUACAACAUGAAAGUUGUUUACUGUACCAUAUAAUAUUAACAAAGUGGUUUAAUUGAAUGCUCUUGAUGAAUAUCUUGUUUUAUUCUGAUGUUUUGUAGCAUGCAUUAAGUUUGCAUGUGUAUUUUGUUUUUUUCUAACAGAGAAGUCGGUAAAAAAAUUUGUAAUAUGACAUCUUAACAUGUUAUUUUGGAGUAUUUUAGACAACUUAUUUGCCUUAAAAAUCUCACUGAACGUUCUCGGAAUUCUGCAAUGCCUUCAGAUAUUUCUUUUCAAGACUUUUUGUUCUCUGGUUUGUUUUUCUUUUGUUGUCCAGCCUCAUACAGCCAUGUGUUAAUGUAGAUCUGUAUGGUAUCAUAAACUGAAAAGAUUCAUCUGCCAGAAGUCAGUAUUCCAACUGUUAUUUUUGAGAAGCAAUUUGUGGCUUCUGCAUGAUGCUUGUGAUUACACUAAAAGACCUAUCAAAAUGAAUUGUUAUUGAUGCAUAAUAUUUACUUAAAAUCAUUUUUUUGAGGUUAGUAUGACAGCUUAGUACAGCCAUUGUAGGUAAAAAUUUAAUAAAUUUACGGAGUGUGUGUGGGGGGGGGGGGGCGUUAAAAUUCAGGAAAAAAAACAGAAUUCACAAGAUUAAAGUCGUCAAUUUACAAGAAAAAAAACUUGGAAAUUGUCUGAGAUUAAAGUUGUAAAUUUGCUUGUGUUAUGAAAGGCUCUGUAGUCUAUCAAAAGCAGGGUAUGCAGAUGUUAAUAACAACAGCCAUCACAUACUUUCACCUGAGAUACUUCCUUCUGUUCAAAGACCAAACUUAUAACUAAUAGGGAAAGAACGGCAGACAUUUAUAAAUUACUAAAAUAUGACACAUGCUUUCAAGUGGCUGUGUUGCAGUCCCUCAACUGCCUGAAAGCUCCACCUCUUCUCUUAUGUCUGCACCGACUCUUGCCUUGCAUUAUUAUGCCUGAUCAAACACUAUUAGUUUUUUAUCUUGUAAAUCGACGAUUUCUUUCUCAAAAUAUCACCCCCUUCCCCUGACUCCAUAAUUUCAUAAUUUUUUAUCUACAAUGGCCCUAAUAUGCCAUCGUAGGUUAGUGAUAUUGCAAGAUAGCACAGGUUUUACUGUUCUAAUAGGAAAUAUGGAAGCCACUAAAGAUUGAUAUAUUGACUAUUUCUGCAAGAAUUACAGUAAAUAAAUAUUCAUAUCAAA